AUGUUAAACAUGAGACAUCACAUAGAAAUGAAGCAGACAAUGCUUGAUAUAUUGACAACAAAAGAAUCGUUAUUGUUUCUUUUGGCAUUUUUGUUAAAUAUAAUUGAAUCAAUUGUCAUGUGGUCAACAACAUAUCCGUUAUUCAUUCAUGCUAGUAAAUAUACAUAUGAUAAUCAAACAAAAAUGAUCGUUAAAAAUAACUCAGUUAUUACACCAAUAUUACCGACCAGUAAUCACAAAUUGAUUUAUUAUACGAAAUUACAAUAUAACGGAAUCAACGAUGUUUUGAAUCGAGGAAAGGUUUAUACCCAUAUAGCAUAUUGGACAAUUUUUAUUCUCCAUUUUAUAUUUCUAUUGCAAUUAGUUUUGGGAUAUCAAAAGAAAUUUAAUCAAAUGUUUUCAUUUACAUGUUUGAGUCUAUUAACAACAUUUAUAUUUUUUAUGAAUGCAUUUGAUUUUAAAUCACAAGAAUAUCUUAUAUGUAGUGUACCAAGCUUUUAUUUAUCAUUUGGUGUUGUUACAUACUAUGGUUAUGUUGCAUUUGCUGUAGUGGUUUUUGCUGCUGGUGGUGGUGCGAGUGCAGCGAGUGGAUAUGGAUGUGGUGUUUGUCUUGUGUAUUUAUUUUAUUUCUGUUCUGCUACUUGUGCUAUAAUUGGUCUUAUACUGAAAACGUCAUUUCCGUUCAUUUCAUCAUCAUCAUCUGCGCAAGCAGUUGCGUGGCUUAAUUUAUGUUCAUAUCUAUUAGAGUUAACUGGAGUGAUAUUGUUGGCAAAUCGUGACAGAAAAAGUAAAGAUGUGGAUGGAAACGACAAAAAUGAACUAACUAAUCCAUAG